UUGGUGUUGGUAAAAAAGACCCAAAAAUGAUUUCAGUUUCUAUUAUUGAAUAUAUCGCUACCUUUAAUAGUUUCACUAUUCCGAAACUGCAAGGGUUUCGUAGUGAUGGUUUAUAGUCUCGUAAGAACCGAACCACUUUCAAAAUGAUUAAAAUCUGCAUCGUUAUUAUUUUUUUAAACACGCUUUUGAUUUCCAUUUACAUCAAAAAUGUUAAAAUUUCUUUAAAUAAAAUUAAAGUUUUUCAUGAUUUUCCAUUUGAUGAAAUAAAACUUAUAUCUAUAUUACUACUAUAUAUAUAACGAAUUCUAAAUUUGAUUAGUUCUGAAAGUAAUAAGUUCAAAAGAUCUAAACCAUCAGAUUAACGGGAAUCUUCGUUUAAGAUGAACGUUUUCCACUCGUUUUACCGUACCACCUCUAUACUCUCUCCACCAUUCUUCAAACGAUCAUUUUCUUUUGAUUUUUCUUUUCUCUUCAUUUCUUCGUUUGAUGAACCUUUGUUCCUUGAGAAAAUCGACGAUUUUAGGUGAAUCUACUUUUUUUUAUCAAACCAUUUAUUGUUUUGUUUUCAGUAUUCCGUUCUUUUGUUACAGGAGAAUCCGCUAAAAUAAACCUAUAACUUUUUGAGAUGCAUUCUUAUUUGUCUCCAAGAUCUUUUUUGGAGUCUUGAGAAAUAUAUGAAACAUACUUUCUUCAAAAAAUUUAUCUACCAUAGUAUUCAAGUUUGAUAGCAGCCAACUUGUUAUUUCUGAAAAUACGAGUUUUCCAAAAACCAGCAUUUUGCGAUGGUAAAAUCCUUUCUUUUUUUGAAAAAAGGGGAAAUAGUAAAAUCCUUGUUCUUGCAUGCAACAAAUUUUCUUUGAUCUCUUUUUAAAUUUUUACAUUCUCUCUUUCCAUUACUAGCAAAAAAAAUUUCCUAUUUUUAUUUUUAUUUAAGCAAAAGAAAAGACCUGAAUUAGAGUUCUAUGCAACUUACAAUGUCAAGCUCCAUGAAAAGCCUCCUGAAAGGCCUCCGAUACAUUUCUCAAGUAUUUGAAAGUGGAAAAGAAGAAGAAGAGAUAGAGAUAGGGAAUCCAACAGACGUAAAGCAUGUAGCCCAUAUUGGUUGGGAUGGACCAUCCGCUACUCCUGCCUCCGCACCAAGCUGGUUGAACGAGUUCAAAACUGGAGGCGGGUUGGAAUCUGGACAAGGAGGCGGAGAAGAUGACUCCUCCGUGAAAUGUAUGUCGGAAUGUGGCGGCCGGACCAGAGAUUUACCAAAACUACCAAAAUCUACGAGGAAAGCGGCGUCAGAGAAAGGUUCUCCAACAAAGGAAAUAUCAUCGGAUAAAACUAAACGCCGGUCUUCUAAAAAAGGAACAACAUCAUCAUCAAGAAGACCAAAGGAAGUGUCCGAACUAAAUGAUCUUUCUUUGACACAUGAAGUUCCGAAGAAGUCGAGGAGGAAAAAGAAGACGAAAGAAACUGGAGGAUCAACUAGAUCGAUUAGAAGAUCUGACGUGGAUAACAUGUCAGAUUAUAUGUCCGAGACUGGUUCUGUGAGAUCUAUGCCUCAAUUCGACAGCAGAGAUGAUUUUUGAAAAGGAGUGCCAGAAGAUUGAGAGUUUUUCAUGCUUGUAUAUUGCUUAAUGAUUUUUCACUGAACAUACCAAUAUCAGUUUUUUAGUCUUCGUUUUUGUACUAUUAUUAUCGUUAUUUACUUAAGAAUAUCUUUUGUACAUCAUCCAAAACUACCAUCUAUCAAUCUUUGGAUAAGAGGAACCAAUUCCGUACUUAGAAAAGAGAGUGGUGCAAGUGAGAUAAGCAAACGUUGAUUGUCCAUCCAGCUCUUGUGUGUUCUUCGAUAAUCCAAUGGAAAAAAUCACCUCUUCUUUCAAUGCAAGAACUCUGAGGAGGUUGGAAGGGUCUGAACUAGAGACUACUAUCUAGGCCUAAUCAAUCUAGAUUUAGGUUCGUUUUUUUCUUCUUGUCUUUUUUGGCUUUUCAAUUUAUUAAAAUUACUAUUAUAUUAAAAUCAUAUCUAAUUUGGUUUGAUUCAGUUUAUAUACUAUCGAUUUUCGGUUUAUUCGGUUUUAUAAAAAAUCGUAAUUUAUUUAUCUCUUAUAACAAAUUUUAGAUAUGGGUUUUUUUUUUGCUGAUCCAAACCAAAUUAGAUAUGG